AUGGCUGAAGAUUUAGAUGUUGAAGCAAUGUUAGAAGCACCUUAUAACAAAUCGGAUAUCACUUCCUCUUCAAAGCAUCGGCCGGAGAAGUAUUCCGAAAAAAACAGAGACAAAGAUAAGGACGGAAGUCGAAGGAGGAGUCGUUCAAAGGACCGGGAAAGAAGACGAUCGCGCGAUAAGGAUUCUAGACGUUCGAGGGAUAGGGAUGACAAACGAGAAAGAGACCGCGACAAGGAUAGAGACAGAGAUCGCAAUCGCGACCGGGAACGUCGUGACCACGACAAGGAUCGCAACCAUAGAGACAGGGAUAGGGAUAAGGACAGGGAUCGGGAGAGGGACAGGGAACGUGAAAGAGACAGAGAAAAGAGACGUAGUAAAGAUAAAGUCAAGGAACGCAGUCGUGAAAGGGAAAGAAGCCGCGACCAACAUCCUCCUAAAAGAGAAAAAAGUCGCGAUAAGGAAAGAGAGAGAAGCGAAUAUAGAUCAAAAUCAAGAGGAAUUGAACCCAAGCUAGAUGACCUACCUCCCGAAGAAAGGGAUUUGCGCACUGUAUUCUUAAGAGAUGUAAGACUUAUCACAUGCAAUAAGACAAGAAGAUUUAAGGGAAUAGCUUAUAUUGAGUUUAAAGAUGCUGAAUCUGUCCCCUUGGCUUUGGGCUUAACUGGUCAAAAAUUACUGGGUGUUCCUAUUAUAGUUCAGCAUACCCAAGCUGAGAAAAACAGGGUUGGAAACACAUUGCCCAACUUAGCACCAAAAACUAGCAAUGGUCCUACUAGAUUGUAUGUUGGCUCACUUCAUUUUAAUAUUACAGAAGAUAUGCUUAGAGGAAUCUUUGAACCAUUUGGUAAAAUAGAUCAUAUACAACUAAUGACCGAUCCUGAUACUGGGAAGAGUAAAGGCUAUGGUUUUCUGACAUUCCAUCACGCAACAGAUGCAAAGAAAGCAAUGGAGCAGUUGAAUGGAUUUGAGCUUGCAGGUAGACCAAUGAAGGUUGGAAAUGUGACUGAGCGUGCAGAUGGUGGUUCAAGCACACGGUUUGAUGCUGAUGAACUAGACCGUGCUGGAGUUGAUCUGGGUGCUACCGGCCGCCUUCAACUUAUGUUCAAAUUAGCUGAAGGCACAGGUUUACAGAUACCUCCCGCAGCGGCAUCAGUAUUGAUGGGCGCCGGCUCUACUUUAGUAGCACCACAGCCACAAGUAGCACCACCCAUUGCUACACAAUGUUUCAUGCUCAACAAUAUGUUUGACCCAUCAUCGGAAUCAAACCCCAGCUGGGACAUUGAGAUUAGGGAUGACGUCAUCAGCGAAUGCAAUAAACAUGGCGGGGUAUUACACGUGUACGUUGAUAAGGCAUCUCCACAGGGAAACGUAUACUGCAAGUGUCCAACAAUAGCAACGGCUGUGGCGUCUGUCAAUUCAUUGCACGGCCGUUGGUUUGCUGGAAGGGUCAUAACCGCGGCUUAUGUGCCCCUUGUCAAUUAUCACUCACUGUUCCCAGACGCGAUGACUGCACUAACACUAUUAUUGCCUUCUAAACAACGAUAA